CAAAGUCUUGUUUCAGUUUCAGUUGUAUGAUAAGAACACGCUCGAUUUUCAGAGCCACAGUCAGCUGUAGCUGCCAAUAUCAUAAUACAAUUAGAAAAAUGAAGUUUGUUAAGCUAUCACAAACAAAUGAUGCAAUGCCUACACUGGGCUUAGGAACAUGGCAGGCUGAACCCUCCGUUGUCAAGUCCACUGUUUAUGCUGCUCUAGAAUUAGGAUAUAGGCAUAUUGACACGGCAUUUAAUUACAAUAAUGAAGAAGCGAUUGGCAGUGCCAUCACCAAAUGGAUUGAUGAUGGAAGAGGAACACGAUCAGAGUUGUUCAUUACAACUAAGCUUCCGCAUAUAGCCAAUAGGGCUUCUGAUGUCGAGAAAUUCCUAAAUCUUCAACUAAAACGCUUACAAAUGACCUAUGUGGACUUGUAUCUCAUACAUGUACCCUUUGGCUUUCAUUGUGAUCCUGAAACACUGACACCGAAAGUUAAUGAAGAAGGAAACUAUGAGUUGGAUAUGGAUACGGACCAUGUAGCAACCUGGAAGAAAUUGGAGGAGUGCCAAAAAUCAGGUCUCAUUCGCAACAUUGGUUUAUCUAAUUUUAAUGAGGAACAAAUAGAGAAAAUUGUGAAUCAUGCAACAUUUAAACCACAGGUGUUACAAGUAGAACUUCACGCUUACUUCCAGCAAAUUGAGUUACGGAAAUUUUGUGAAAAGCAUAACAUUAUAUUAACUGCAUAUGCCCCUCUGGGAAGCCCUGGAGCUAAAAACCAUUUUGUUACCAAAUAUAAAUACAGCCCCAGUACUUUCCCUGAUUUGCUGUCUCUACCAGAUGUGACCACAUUAGCCAAAAAAUAUGGGAAGACACCUGCACAAAUAUUACUACACUUCUUGGUUAGACAAAACAUUGUUGUCAUUCCAAAGAGUACAAAUUUGGAAAGAUUGAAGGAAAAUAUGGAUUUUUAUGAUUUUGAAUUGACUGCGGAUGAAAUGGACACCUUGAUUCGCUUAGACAAGGGAGAAAAUGGAAGGAUUUUCAACUUUUUGUUUUGGAAAGGAGUGGAAUUUCAUCCUGAAUAUCCGUUCGAGAGCGUAAAGCAGAAACUAUUGUAAUACAAUAUUUACGACGCUAAAUGUCACUUCCUAGUCAAGUCAGUUAUUGCUUUCAAAGUUCGCACACACAAGCUCGCGUGUCAGUAAAUUAAAAGUUUGGACACUAACGCAAUGUGCUGAUAUCCACUUUUAGCUUUAAUAGAC